AAAUACCAAAUGCGUGCUGCACGCCUCGCCUCCGCGCUCCUCACGCCGGCCAAGGGGGUUCUCUCCGCCCGUGUGUCUCGCCAUUUCCCCGGCGAUGAGAUUGCGUGAUUCGAGCCUCGACAUCCACCUCCCCCCCAUCUCUCCGCCCUGGGUGGACUGGCCCUUGGAGAAGCGUCCGAGCCCUGGCAGCAGCAGCAGCAGCAGCAACAGCUACAGCUACAGCGCGAACAAGUCUCUCGCCAGUCUCGUCUCUCCGCUCGCCAAGUUUGCGCACGGUAUCUGAGCCGGCUGGAUAUCGUGGUGGCAAUCAGCUAUCUGAUCGUGCAACACACACAAAAACACACACACACACACACAAACAUGCUGCAAAUGGAUGUAAUUCCAGUCAUUCUGGCUUUCGUACUCUCCGCUAAAUCAGUCUUAGGGUUUGGAGUGGACCCUGACUUGCAAAUCGAUGUCACCCGAGAGCUGGAUCUCGCUAAUACGACGACUGGAGUUGCUCAGGUACCGGGGUUAUAUAAUAACAGCAAAGCAUAUUUGUUUCAAGAUGUGGAGAGACGGAUAGAGGCAACUCCACACAUGACGAAGAAAAUGAUCCAACUGCUUCGAAACAAGAGCGAGUACACCGUUAUAGCAACUAUCCAACAGAAGGUUUUAACCUCGGGAGUCAUCUUGUCCAUCCACCAGUCUGAUCUCAGGUAUUUUGAACUGGAGAGCAGCGGCCAAAGAGAUGAGAUAAGAUAUCACUACAGUUUCAACGGGAGAUCCCGGACUGAGGUGUUUCCGUAUCGACUGGCCGACGGUCUGUGGCAUCGCAUUGCGCUCUCUGUCAGCGCCUCCCGCCUCUUGCUUCAUGUGGAUUGUAACAGGAUUUAUGAGCGUGUCAUUGAUACUCCUCAGUCAGUGCUCACUCCAGGGACCAGUGUGUGGUUAGGACAACAGAACGCCAGGCACGGACUCUUUAAGGGCAUUCUGCAGGACGUCAAGAUCAUCUUGAUGCCUAAUGGAUAUGUAAUGCAGUGCCCGGACCUGAAUCGCACAUGCCCGACUUGCAGUGACUUCCUUAACCUGGUCCAAGGCAUCAUGGAUCUGCAGGACCUGCUGGCAAAAAUGACGUCUAAAUUAAACUAUGCGGAGUCUCGGCUGACGGAGCUCGAGCGCUGUUACUGUGAGAGAACCUGCCGGGUGAACAGAGAAGUGCACCGCAGCAUGGAAUCGUGGGUUGAAAAGUGCAAAAACUGUACCUGCAAGAACGGAGCCGUUGAGUGCAGACGGGUUUCGUGCCCUCCGCUAAACUGUCCCUCGGACUUUCGUCCAGUGUAUCGACCGGGCAAGUGCUGCAAAGAGUGUCGACCGAUCUGUCUCUACGGGGGUCGGCAGCUCGCCGAAGGUCAACGCGCUUUGAAAUCCAAGUGCCGCGAAUGCAGAAAUCGAACAAUGGCCAUUGUCCACGAGACCUGCCCUCCGCUAGACUGUCCAACGCAUGAACGCAUUCAGCCGGAGAACAGAUGUUGUAACGUAUGUCGUGGCCACGAUUUCUGUGCAGAAGGACAUCAGUGUGGUGAGAACUCUGAGUGCUGGAAUGUGAACAGCAGAGCCGUGUGCAUGUGCAAGGAAGGCUAUGUCCCCACACAGGGUGACUCGGCCAACUGCGAAGGUAAGGAGAUGGUUUUAUUUUUCUCUUUGGUGAUUUUGACCUUUGACCGUUCUCUGGCCUGUGAUUGUGGGCAUGACAGCCGAGCGAUUCAGAGCCACGGUGCCGGGUGGAAGAGGGCUUUGCCCGAGCCGGCUGCCUGCCUGCCCGUCUGCCCGCCCCUUUUCUGGGGUUUGGUCCACGCCCGGGUGGUUUUAGAGAGGGACUGCGCGCUGUCCACGGGUGCCCUGGAGGAUUUCCGGGACCGCUGGGCACCGCGCGGGGGGGAUGAGAUGUAUCCCCUCUGUAUGGAUGGUGAUAUCAUUGUGUAA